AUGGAUCACGAAGAAGUCAUUGACACCACAGACAUUAUCCUCAUCCUCAUUCAUGUCUGUAGCAUUGACCUUUCGGCCGACAACUUUGGAACAUGGCGAAAGACGUAUCACAACAUGGCAUUGAAAUACCACUCAGACAAAAACCACGUUCUACCGUAUGCCACGCUGUUUAUGCAGAAGCUUAAUGGGGCUAAUAGCUACCUCAAGAACUUGUCAUCAGAAGGAUACCACGCUUUCAUUGUAGACAAUCGGCAUUUAGCCUACACGAUGUCGUUCUAUGAUUUCAUUCGCUAUCGAGACCUCGAGAAUGCCAUAAACUCCCACACCCAGAGUCUUUCUAACCUCGUUCAAGAUAAAGAUGAAGAACUCCACUGUAAGCGAGAAGCUAUAAAGUUGUUGAAUAAUCUACAAAAUGAAGCCAAAGCCCAGAAGGAUGAAAUGGAGCUCGAGAUCAACAGAUUAAGAAGACGACUAAUAGAAGAACAAGAAGAGUCAGCUAGAUUACAAGCACAACUGGAAGAACUACAAAAAACUCAAUCCACAAACCAACACCAAGCUAAAACGUCAACCUCCAGUAACUUCGAUGAAUAUGUAAAUGACGCUCCGAGCACCUCUCGUCAAAUGUACAAUUCUGGUACAUCCAGAGAAGGUGAUGUUGACUAUGGAAACUGCUACUCCACAUACCAGGGAUCUACCAGGCCGACCCACGAUACUUCAUCCACCUCCACAAAUAACAUAAGAUGCAGUUUUUGUGAUAGGAACCACUACUCAGCUUCUUGCGAAAACGUUACGAGAAGAGACGAAAGGCUAAGUAUAUUAAAUUAUUGGAGACUUUGCCACAACUGUUUGGGAUUUCAUCCCACACCAAAGUGCCAAAGCACGAAACGAUGCCGAGCAUUGACGGAUUCCACAACUUGA